CAUCCUGUGACUCGGUCCUUUUAGUUUUGGCUUUUCUGGGACACGGGUCGGAUCACACUUGGAAGCGCCUAUGAGUGUCGGAAGUUCCUGAGCAGGAUCCAAAUCAACAAGAACGAUGCAUUGGCUGGCGCACUUCCAUAUCAUCUGGCUAUGCAUAUGGUUACUGUGCCUUGCCAGUUCUAACGCCAUUCCAUGUGACUCAUGUGGCAAGGAGUGCGCUAGUGCCUGCGGCACAAAGCACUUUCGGACCUGCUGCUUUAAUUAUCUACGAAAACGCAGUGAUCCAGAUGCUUUGCGUCAAACUUCCGAUCGCAGGCUCAUAGACUUUAUCCUGCUGCAAGGACGAGCUUUGUUUACGCAGGAACUAAGAGAAAAACACAGCAAUGGCACCCUGAUAGACCUCGGCUUACAGACAUACUACGGCUAAUGACCCUCCCCAAUUUAUACACUAAUCCUUAACUCGACAAUGGAACUGAUUUUGACUCAAAAAUACUCUUGUGGCAAUGGCUAAGACGGUUGAAAUGUUUGUAAUGUUAAUUUCAAAAUAAAGGCGAAAACUUCUUUGGGACAAUGAA